GGCUUCAGCUUGUUUCCGCCCUGCUUAGACCAACCUUCGCGGCUCUUUUCCGAGAUGGGAGGAGGAGCUCGCGAAGCGCAUGGACCUCCAGACCAUGGUGGACACGCUGCAGGAGGCAGCGCAGGAAGCCGAGGCCAUCCAGGAGGAGAUGAACGAGAAGAUAGAGCGGCUCAAGGCUGAGCUGGUGGUGUUCAAGGGGCUCAUGAGUGACCCCAUGACAGACCUGGACACAAAGAUCCAAGAAAAGGCCAUGAAGGUGGACAUGGACAUCUGCCGCCGCAUCGAUAUCACGGCCAAGCUGUGCGAUGUCGCACAGCAGCGGAACUCGGAAGACGUGUCCAAGAUCUUCCAGGUGGUCCCCAAAAAGAAAGAGCGUAAAGUGGCAUCAGACGAUGACAUCUCAGAGCAGGACGGUGAGGUGAAUCGGUUCUCGGAUGACGAGGUCGGCUCCAUGAACAUCACGGAUGAGAUGAAGCGCAUGUUUAACCAGCUGCGGGAGACCUUUGACUUCGAUGACGACUGUGACAGCCUGACGUGGGAGGAGAAUGAAGACACCCUGCUGCUCUGGGAAGAUUUCACCAACUGCAACCCAAGCAUCGACCUGCAGGGCGAGCAGGAGGAAAACUUGGGAAACCUGAUCCAUGAGACCGAAUCCUUCUUCAAGACGAGAGACAAGGAGUACCAGGAAACGAUAGGCCAGAUCGAGCUGGAGCUGGCCACGGCCAAGAGCGACAUGAACCGACACCUGCACGAGUACAUGGAGAUGUGCAGCAUGAAGCGGGGCCUGGACGUGCAGAUGGAGACCUGCCGCCGGCUCAUCAAAGGCUCUGCAGACAGGAAUUCACCGUCACCCAGCUCUGUGGCCAGCAGCGACUCGGGAAGUACAGAUGAGAUCCAGGAUGAGUCGGAGCGGGAGGCCGAUGUGGAGCCCAUGGUCAGCUGAUGACAGAGGCCCCGCGUGCCUGGUGGUCUUGAUGACGGGGCCCUGGCCUCUCGGAGUGGGCACCAGUCCUCGCUCAUGGACUUCCUCUGCCCUCCCCUCUCUGGAGGCCCCGAGGGACCGCUGCUUCCUUUCCGACACACCACCUCGCCACGACCAGUGCCCCUUCUCCGCCCACCUGCCCGCCCACCCAAGGAAUGGUGCUGUCAAUUUCUAUUUCUCCACGUUACAAAUGCAGACUUCUGUGUGGACGAUGCAGUGUUAACUGUGCCUUCUCCCUUAAGCUGAGCCACUUUGAGCUCCAGAGUAUUAUUCCUAGCAGGUGUUUUUAUACGAAACUCAAGGUGAGGGCGGGGCCCGGGCGUGGCAUCAAGCGGGUUUUCUACCCUCCCACCUGCUCCUGAUUGGCCGUGAGUUUUGCCCUCUCUUCCGCUGGUUGGCGCAGGCGCUGGCUGGGGGUGAUCUGCCCGCCCCAGGAGUUACCUCCAGGCCUGGGCAGGGACCUCCCAAGCUUUCUCCUUCUCUGGAAGAGAGAAAAGUAGAAGGAAGGGAGGGAAGACCAAUGUUUAUUUUCUGUUUUGGGUUUAGUGGCAAAGUGGAGGGAUAAGGCACUGUGGGGGGUAGUAGGUAGCACCUCACUGUGUUUAAAUUACUAUGCAAAAACAAAAAAACAAAAAACAAAAAGCAGCUUGCCUUAUAUCAUUGUGGAAGGCGGGCCCUCUCCCAGACUCCUGGUUACUCCGGGGCUGGGAGGCGGAGGUUAGG